AUGGCGUCUCCGAAGCAUGGGGCUUCGGAGACUUCUGUGUCUGAAGAGUUGAGUGAAGUGCUAGUGUUGAACUCAAAUGAGCCGCUUGUCACGGCCUCCUUUUCGGCGCUAUCUUCAAGUAGUGCGCGAGUGUUGGACUCAAUAGAGCCGCUUGUGCCUACUACUACGCAAGUGCAAGUGUUGGACUCAAAUGAGCCACUUGUGCUCCCGUGUAUGCGAUUUCCGGUCCUUGACAAACCGGUUGCUGGUCCUAGUGGGAUGACUGGUCCCAGUGGAGCAGCUGGUUCUUGUGGUAGCCUAUCAGCUAUUGCUAGUUCUUCGGAGGACGAGGGCGAGGAAUAUGCUGCUGCGAUGCCCAGACCUACUGGGUCAUCUGGCAGAAGGCUUAAACUUUACUCAGAUGAGUUAAGGUAA